AUGUCCGACAACGUAGGCCUCUCCACCCCCCGAGGCAGCGGGACCUCAGGCUACGUCCAGCGCAACCUAGCCCACAUCCGGCCCCGCGACAGCGGCGCGCCCUACCCACCGCGGGACUCCGCCUCCGACAUCCCCAAGCACCGGCAGAGACAGCCAGAUAAAGGGAUCCUGGAGCACGACCGCAAGCGCGCGGUGGAGGUGAAGGUGCUCGAGCUGCGGGACGAGCUCGAGGACGAGGGCGAGCUGGGCGACGACGAGAUCGACGAGAAGUGCGCGGCGCUGAGGAAGAAGCUGCUGGCUGAGAGCGCGCGGGGUUCAGGAGGAGCAGGGGUGGACAGGAGGAAGGGCCCCGGGGGCGGCUUCAAGAUGCACCAGGUGCACGAGAUGGCGGACCAGAAGAUCCGGGAGGACGAGAGGCUGAGGAGGGCGCUCAAGAUCGGCCGGGACUACGAGGAAGGCGCGCAUUGGAAGAGACAGGAGGAGAGGGCGGCCAAGGCGGCUGAGAGGGCGGAGGGGGAGGGCGGUGACAGGCCGAGGGAUGGUCGGGACUGA